UCUACAUAAUUUAGGACGUAUUCUUGUCCUUUUUUUGUCUUAGAAUGUUUAGGCGCAGGGCUUUUGCUUUGCUUCUAUGUAGUUGACAUGGUGAAAAGUUCAAGUCGGUUGAAUUGUUGUGCACUUUAACGUCACGUGAAUUUGGGUAGGCUUCUGUGCUGUUUGGCAAUCGGCAUUCCUCCUCCUCUCUAUUAGUCUCCUGCUAAACACACAACACUCUCGGAGAGAACACAAUGACAUAUCGGAGUUCGAGACACGGUGAAGACAGCCGACGGUCACCGGACUACUGAUGGGAAAAGAUUUUGUCGCACAAAAUUAACUGUUUAACUCAAGAAUAAACUUUCAAACAACAGGAAAACUUUGCCUUAUUAUAUUGAGAACUCCAGGACACAGGCACCAUGGCGAGGUUUUACAGGGAAACCAGGAAUCAAUAGAAAGGGUUAUUGCAGUUCUCUUCUGGGUUGGACCAGUUGGGUCAGACGAGAGACUCCUCAGUGACAAAGAAAAGAGGAGUGAAAAGAGGAGCACCAUGGAGGGCGGGAACGAUGUGGAUCUGUCCAACAGUAACAUCACCCCGCUGUGGAAGAGGCGCUCAGCCAAUCACACUGGCCCCAGCAAGCUAAAGGCCCGGCCCCUCAGCUACCAGAUAGAUGGAGUCCACAUGACCGACUUCCCCGUAGAGGACAACAAGUGCAGCUUUACCCUGAGCCAGCCUGCAGAGCGACUGGUGGCCGCGCCGGGAGGAGGGGCGGUCAUUCUGAAGCACGUUCUCAACCAACCCAUCAGGAAAACACGGGUAGUCAGGAGUAUAAGUAUUGGACAUCUGUCCAAAGGACGUUUCUCUCUGUCCAAGUUCAAGUCGGAGGAUGAUAAGUCGCUGUCGUUGAACAGUAAGGCAUGCCAUGGUGGGAGUGUUGAUAAUGUGUGGUCAGACAAGCCUCUGCUGGACACCCAGAAUCCACUAUCCAGCCCGUUCACCCUCACCGCUCACAGGGACCAGAUAGUGUUUGGGACGAGCCCUUCACCACCGCAUUCUGCCUCCUCCAAACACCCCUCUCCCCCUGCCUCCUCCAAACACCCCUCUCCCCCUGCCUCCCCCAAUAAGCACCACCACCAUAACCUGACCUCCCCUUCUUCCUACCACCUCUUAACUCCUGUCCCCUCUCCCCGUAACCCCAGCCCCUCUCCCCCUAACCCCAGCCCCUCUCCCCCUAACCCCAGCCCCAGCCCCUCCACCCCUAGUCUCCACACCCCUACCCCAUCCCACAGCUCCACCUCCAGUAUCAACUCCCUCUCUUCCCUCAUCUCCACCCCUUCUGACCUCCCCACACCCCACAGCCCCUCCUCUGCUGACAUGUCUGCCCCCUCUCCUUCCCCCUCUCAUUCCCCCACUCCCACCCUCUCUCCCUCCAUCUCCCUAUCUCCUCCUCCCUCCAUUGUCCUCAGCACCCACAGUGCAGCUGCCCUGAAGAUGGGCACACAGCAGCUGAUCCCCAAAGGGCUGGCGUCCCUGAGCAAGGCCUCUCCUGCUGGGGUACAGAGCCACGGCAUGGGGGGUCUGCUGGGCCUGGAUCCUACCACGCGGGCCCUGCGAGCCCUCAGCAUGGUGGAGACUGGAUCCUUCUUCUCCACUGGCGUAGGGUCCGGGGGAGGGGGGGCAGACCAGGAUGAGAGCACUGGGACCCUGAAGAGAGGGUUGAGGUCUACCUCGUACAGGAGAGCAGUGGUAAGUGGAGUGGAAAUGGAAAUACCAUCUGAUGACCUCAAGACCCAUCGUCUGUCCCAACCUGUAGACCCAAAGAGCCAUCGUCUGUCCCAACCUGUACUCAGAGGACUACAGGAGGUCAAGGAGAGACCGACCAGCCCUGGGAAGAAGAACAAGAGUCCUGAUAAGAAGCCAGGACUGAUCACACAGAGGACAUUUGACAGUGAAGAGGAGGAACUGUAUCAGAACUACCAGGAGAAAGCUCUUCACAAUGACUCUGAUGAGGACCAGUCCAGAGAGGCCAAACCUGAUGACCGCAUCGUGAUGCAGUACAGACCCAUACGCACCUCCUGGAGCCAACUCAGUGUGGUAAAGAGGAGUGGCGUUUCUGAUCAACUCAGCCAGGAGGAGCGGAAAAGACAAGAGGCCAUAUUUGAGUUGAUAUCUUCAGAACACUCCUACCUCCACAGUCUGGAGGUUCUGAUCCGGAUGUUUCAGAACUCAGCAGAGCUCAGUGACACCAUGACCAAGACCGAGCACCACCACCUCUUCUCCAACAUCACAGACGUGUGUGAGGCCAGCAAGAAGUUCUUUAAAGAGUUAGAGGAUAUACACCAGCAGAACAUUGUUAUAGAUGACAUCAGCGACGUCGUGUUCAGACACGCCCAGUCCAACUUUGACCCCUACAUCACCUACUGCUCCAAUGAGGUUUAUCAGCAGAGGACCCUACAGAGGCUCGUAAGUAGUAAGAGUCCAGUGUUUAAGGAGGUGUUGACUCGUAUUGAGGGUCACCCAGACUGCAGGAACCUCCCAAUGAUCUCCUUCCUGAUCCUGCCGAUGCAGAGAGUCACACGCCUGCCUCUGCUGAUGGACGUCAUUUGUCAGAAGGCUCCUAAGGACUCUGCCCAGUAUGAGAUCUGUAAGAAAGCCCUCCAAUCAGUCAGCAAGGUGGUGCGUCAGUGUAACGAAGGGGCCCGUACGAUGGAGAGAACAGAGAUGAUGUACACCAUCAACUCCCAACUAGAGUUUAAAAUCAAGCCUUUCCCACUGGUGUCGUCCUCCCGGUGGAUGGUGAAGAGAGGGGAGCUCACAGCCUUCGUGGAGGAGAACGGCAUCUUCUCUAAGAAGACGUCACGGCAGCAGGUCUACUUCUUCCUCUUCAACGACGUCCUCAUCCUCACCAGGAAGAAGAGUGAGGACAGCUACACAGUGAUAGACUAUGCUCUGAGGGGCCAAAUUUGGGUGGGACCCUGCCAGGCCGAGGAUGUCAACCUAUCACCCGUCAGAAGCACCGCUGGAAUGCUGACAUCACGGCAGCCUGGGGCCAGCCACCUCUUCCGCCUGCGUUUCCGUAGCAACCACUCCGGAGACAAGGUGCCCAUGGUCCUGGGGGUGGAGCGAAUGAAUGAGCGUGCUCGCUGGAUCAGUGCUCUGGGCCAGAGCAGCAAUGACGAGAAGAACCAAGACCGAACCAAUGCCAUGCAGGUGGAGGUGACGAGGACGUACACAGCCAAGCAGCCUGAUGAACUGUCACUGCAGGUGGCUGACGUGGUCCUGGUGUCACAGACUGUGGAGGAUGGCUGGUAUGAGGGCGAGCGACUCCGUGAUGGUGAGAGGGGUUGGUUCCUGUCAGAAUGUGCUGAACCAAUCAUGUGCCAGGCCACUAUUGAGCGCAACGUGCAGAGGAUGGACCGCCUCCAGGGGCUGGAAACCAAUGUGUGAGCUGGAACUGCAGGCUCCACCCAUUAAAUACACCAGUGACCUGCCUUCAAUCAGACACACCAAUGAGUGAGCUUUAUGCUAGCAACAGCCCUCCACUGAACACACCAAUAGAAAGUCUCCUUGGUCAACAGAGCAAUGUGUGAGAUCUUUCUGCCAGCGACUGAAUACACCAAUGAGCCACCUUCAAGCACUAUCAACCAAUGAGAGUGCUGACUGCCACUUAAUGCACCAAUAGAAUCUCUCUGUGCCAGCUGGCUGCAUCUAUUAGAAUGGGUUUGGGGUCCAGUGAUUGUUACCCAUACAGUCUAACAUUCUCCAUCUUUUACCAAUCUCUUUGGUAAGGAAGUUUGACCCUAUGACAUGGCAACAACACUUUGACUCCUCCCACUGAUGGAAGACUGUCCAACCACUGCCCGUGUGACUGCUUUUUGGCCCCGAAGGACAUCCCACUUGGACACACGCGCUCACAGAACGUGCUGGGGUCAAAGUUUAAAACUGCCACGUGGAUUGGUCACCUACAAUAACAGUAGAUUACAACUAAUAUAACAUGUAUUCAUUUCAUUUCCUUCUGAAAGACUCCCCAGGAAUGAAGCUUACCUUCUGUACAUAACUAAGAUUUAUAUUAGUAUAUUUCUGUCAUGCUUUUUAAAGUGCCAGGUUGUUGUGAUGGGACAGUUCAGUUUCACUUCUGCUCUGUGGUCAGGUUAUAGUGUGUGAUGAGACUGUUGUGGAAGAGGCUCAUUGUAGACACACAAAUGACACUUUACGUUAGACUUGUCUGUGUGUGGCUCGGAGGAAUUUUUAAUGCAACUGAAUGUGACGACGGUCCAAAAUGGCCAAAUAAACGGAUAAUUUCUAGACUUCACUGUGUGACUGCUGAAGAGGCUGAAUGUAAGGAGCCAAAAUGGCAGAAUGACCGGUCCAGUUUCCUGACUUCCCUCUGGUUAGAAGGUUACAGUAGAGUGAGGCUGAAUGUUAUGAUGGCCUACAAAGUACAAAAGAAACUCCCACAUUCAUGCACUAAUCCCGAUUCUCGACACCUCCUAACCCCAGUUCCCGACACCUCCUAACCCCGGUUCCCGACACCUCCUAACCCCGAUUCCCGACACCUCCUAACCCCGAUUCCCGACACCGAUUCCCAACACCUCCUAACCCUGAUUCCCAACCCUGAUUCCCGACACCUCCUAACCCAGAUUCCCGACACCGAUUCCCAACACCUCCUAACCCUGAUUCCCAACACCGAUUCCCAACACCUCCUAACCCGAUUCUCAACACCGAUUCCCAACCCCUCCUAACACCUAACCCUGAUUCCUAUCCAUUUUAGAUACCUUAAAACUAUUGAACAGGUAUUAGCAGUAUGGGCACAGCUUCACCUUGCACUCUGCUGAGGCUUGAACCAGGGUUACAUAUGCAAUUCGUUCAGCGUUACGGAAGUCGAUCUGUAAUUGGGCACUUUAUAUCUCCAUCUUAAUGUCACCUUACAUAAACGGAGACCUUUCCGUCCCACAAACCUCCGUCAGUCCUGCCUCUGGGUGUGAUGAUGCCCUGGGGGUGUUUUUUUUACCUUUAUUUAACCAGGCAAGUCAGUGAAGAACAAAUUCUUAUUUUCAAUGACGGCCUGGGAACAGUGGGUUAACUGCCUGUUCAGGGACAGAACGACAGAUUUGUACCUUGUCAGCUCAGCGAUUUGAACUUGCAACCUUCCGGUUACUAGUCCAAUGCUCUAACCACUAGGCUACCCUGCCACCUCUACACUCUAACCACUAGGCUACCCUGCCACCUCUACACUCUAACCACUAGGCUACCGUGCCACCUCUACACUCUAACCACUAGGCUACCCUGCCACCUCUACACUCUAACCACUAGGCAACCCUGCCACCUCUACACUCUAACCACUAGGCUACCCUGCCACCUCUACACUCUAACCACUAGGCUACCCUGCCCAGAAGGCCCAGAGCUGGAAGUUUUAAAAACAAAUAGAGGGUAUUGUGAUUUCUGUGACGAGCGGCAGGAGAGAAAAUGAACCGGUGCGACGCUCUCUGUUCUAAAACUGGAAAAAGAUAGCCAAGGUUUCAACAUGAUCGUCUGGACAUUAUUCAUCUGUUAAGUGUGUAAUUCUGUCUUGCAUUGCUAAGGGAAACAAUUAAUGGCCAGAUCAGCUUCCUGCUGCAAUGCCGUUCAUCAAACCAGACCACUACUCUACAUCUGGUCUGACCCAGACAAAAACAAGUUUAAUUUGCACUCAGGGAUAAACUGUGAUGACACGCAUUUAACCCAUGUAAAUAUGUAACUAGUAACACCUGUUUUAAACGUAUGUAAUCCACAGCUAUAGAUUUAUAUUGCAGAUGAUGUCAUUUAGAUAUCUUAUCUAACUCAUGUUAAUAAAAGUGCUAUGUUGUA